CGGACGGCGCACGGCAGUGCCGGGGCGGCCUACGAGAAGUGGAUGUGGUGGGCAUGCGCGCCGCUAUCGCCCAACCGUCACGUUCUUACGUGCGUGUGCAUGUGUGUGUGUGUGGGUGCGCGAGAGAUAGCGUGUCAGUCUAAUCUGUGACAGUGUCAGGCGCCGAGCCGGAGCGUCACCAUGUCGUCCGACAGGUUUCACAAGGCGGCCAGGGACGGUAACCUGGACAUCCUGAAGGAAGCGACGUCCACCCAGUGCAACGCCAGGGAUGAAGACGGCAUGACGCCCACGCUGUGGGCCGCCUUCGAGGGUCACCUCAACGCGCUCAGCCUGCUCGUCGGCCGCGGGGGCGACGUGGACCGCUGCGACAACUUCGGCAACACGGCGCUGCACUUCGCGGCUGCGCGCGGCCACAAGGCGUGCGUCACCUUCCUCAUCAACUGGGGCGCCAACCUCUGGGCCAUGGACAUCGACUUCCAUACGCCAAUGGAGCUGGCCGCCAUGAACAACCGCGACGACAUCGUGCGGUUGCUGGACAGUGCCACGGCCAAGGAGGAGGAGUCCAACACGAAAUUGGUGGAGACGAAGAAGAAGAAGGCCCAGAAGGCAGCGGACAAGCUGGCCCGUAGCUACACGAAGCUGCAGGAGAAAACCCGCAAACAGGCUGAGAAGGAGCAGCAGCGCCUCGCCAAAGAGAGAAAGCGCAUGCAAGAGAACGGCGUCCCCGUCGUGUCCAACAUGCCACACAGGCCCUCGACGGUGCUGGAGGUGCUGAAGGGUCUGAGGAGGGGCCGCAGCAACAGCCUGAAACAGCCGACGGCGCCGCCGGUCAAUCCGACGUUCUCGGACCUGGUGUCGGGCGGGGGCGGCGGCGACAUCUCGGGCGGCAGCAUCGGCAGCGGGGGAGGCCGCAACGGGCUGCGGCGCAAGACAGGCUUCAAAGGCACCUCGGGCGGCACCCGCGGAGUCGCUCAUCUGGUGCGCCAGAGGGCCAAGAGCACCACCGCUCUCAGCGCUGCGCCGCCGCAGCCGCCUAACGACGACUUCAAGAUCCGGGAGAUCGAAGCCGAUGGGAAACAGUCAAUAAGGAGUUUAACUGGCCUCAGAAGAGACUCACAGAUUAUAUACACAGGAUCCUUUGAGUCUCCAGCAACAGGAAAACGCGGCAGACUUCAAGAUGUCGUCUUUGAUACUAGUGGUGACCUCAGUCGUUGUAUGUCAGAACCAGAUCUCCUCCAUAACACAGACAGUGGUUUUGGAGAUGAAGUUCUUCUGCAAGAACCAGCUAGUAUCUUUGACAGACCAGGUUUUGGAAGUGUAGCAUUCAGGAACAAUAUGACAGCAGUACUGACUGCUCUGCCGACACAAGAAGACCAGGACAGUGCAGUGGGACCAAGCGAAAGAGGUGUUGCUGAUGAUACUUCCAGUAUUGGCAGUGCAGGCAGUCUCAGACGAAAUAAUGGCCUGCCUUGGGAUGAAGAUGACCUCAGUUCAGAUGAAGAUGAUGAAGCAACAGACUCACGAUGGACAUCUUUGCACCUAUUUCUAGUAUCAGCAGGCUUGGCUGAGUAUACUAGCCUGUUUGUUGAGGAGAAGAUAGACCUAGAAGCUUUAAUGUUAUUGGAUGCAAAUGACUUUGAAAAACUAGGUCUUAAAAUGGGUCCCAUAAAGAAACUGACAAAAGCCAUACAGAAACGAAGAGAGGCAUUAGAAAGCCCAGGAGAAGUGUCUGAUAGCAAAUUUUAAAUAAGUGUCCAAACAGAGAAAAUUAUAUCACUACUAUAUACUUCACCAGGGAGAGUACACAAAAAUGAAUAUAUUUUUUACGCAUUUCACAUCAAACAGUUAUGUUUAACACAGUAUCAUUUCAGUGUCAUGUAAGCAGUGUGUGAUAUUCUUAAAUUAUGACCUCUUAUCUGAAAAUAUAUGAAGAAAUACAAAUAAGCUAAAUGUACAAAUUUAACUUUAUGUAUAUAAAGACUGGAGAUCAGAGUCAAAUAGGUGGUUUUUCAGUUCAAACAAAUGCCACCAGCUAAUGUUAGAAAAGAAGCAGCAAUACUGUCAGUUUAUCUCAGUAUUCUUUUAAAUAAAAAUAUAUGUAUAUAAAAUAAGCUAAUUUCAAAAGGCAUUUGUUAGCCUAAUAUUUUGAUAUGGCUGUAAACCCAAAUAUUUGUGAAAAUAAAUGCUAAUUUAUAAGUC